CUGAAAGUUGACACCUUUCCCUUUUUCGUUUAGAGAAAAUGACUCUCUAUAGUCUAUACUUGUCGAAACUCUUGCUCUUUAGGUUCAGAUCGCGCCCUUCUUGCUCAAUCUCCCCGAAAGAUUGUUAAAAACCAAAGGUGUCCAAGUAGGAUAAAGGACAAGCCAGAGUUUGUGGAGUAAGUAUAGUAAUUGAUUUGCAAGUUUCUGUUUUGGGGUCGAGUAAUUUGUCGUCAUUCCUAAAAAUGGACAAGCUGAAGCUAUCUGGCUUGGGGGAGCGUUUGAAGAUUGGGGGUGAGCGAUUGAAGGUCGGGGGUGCUGAAAUGGGUAGAAAAGUUAGUGGGAAAAUGAAGGAGAUUCUUCAGGGACAGUCGCAUGAGGCGAAGAUGGUGGAUGAAGCUACAUCUGAGAACUUGGAAGAGCCAAACUGGGGUCUUAAUUUGAAGAUAUGCAAUUUACUUAACAGCGAUGAAUUCAAUGGUUCUGAAGUUGUCAGGGCAAUAAAAAAGAAAAUUGCUGGCAAAAAUGUGAAGAGCCAAAGGCUGAGUCUUGAACUGUUGGAGACAUGUGCUGUGAAUUGUGACAAAGUGUUCUCUGAGGUGGCAUCUGAGAAGCUUUUGGAUGAAAUGGUGUUGAUGAUUGAUAAUCCACAGACCCAUCAAGAAAACCGUAGGAUAGCUUUCCAACUGAUUGAGGCAUGGGGCAAGUCUGUGGAUCUCGCCUACCUACCUGUUUUUAGACAGACUUAUUUGAGUUUAAAUUCAAGGCAGAUACCUGAUGCUUUACAUGAUGACGGGAACUCUCCUUUCACUCAUGGCACUGAUGAGCGUGGAGAACUGGCUAUUCCUCAAAGGUAUCCCUAUUCAAACAUAGAUGAGCAUGACUUUGAUUCAAAUGAGGCUUUCUAUGAAAGUGAGGGACUUCCUGUGGAGGAGAAGAAGGAAAUUCUUGUUGUAACUCGCAACAGCAUUGAUAUUCUUGCCUCCAUCCUGAACUCUGUACCACAACAGAAACACAUCAAGGUGCAGGAUGAACUAACGCUGACAAUACGGGAGAAAUGCAAAGAUGCACAGCCAAUGUUACAGAGAAUUAUAGAAACAACAGUUGAUGAUGAACCAUUGCUGAUUGAAGCCCUUUCUCUGCAUGACGAGCUCCAGCAGGUCCUUGCCAAGUGUGAGGAGCGUGAUUUUGCUUCUACACAGGCAGAUGAGCACAACCCAGAUGAUUCUGGCACUCCUUGCAGUCAGCCGGAAGGUUGUACAUCAGAAGAGAAAGAAGCUGAUUCUCAACCAGAAGGGAAUACUGCUGGAGAGAGAAUGGAUGAAGCAGGCAGCAUGACAACAAACAUGGAAAAGAAAGCAUAAGAGAGGCUCUCUUCUGCUCUAACAAAUGUUAUCAGGUUGCUUUGUGUAUGCAUGAGAUCUUUAUCUAUAUGCCUGCUGUAUUACGCUAGCGUAGGCUUAGAUUGUGCACAGACAUUUCGCUGCCCUUUUUUCUUUAUUGCUUACUAACUGUCUUUGUCAGUCUAAUCAAACUUAAAGCCACAUAUAUAUGUCAAUAUGUGUGUGUGUUUUUGUAUUUACUUGAGUCUGAGAAAUCACUUGUGUAUAGUUAAUGUUUUAUUAGAAGUUUUGGAUGUA